GUGUUCCUUUUUAUGCCAAGAUUGAAGUCGUAUGCGCUUUGGAGUAAUAUGACAGAAAAAAACUCCAAUAUAAGUUUUCCAGAUUGAGAUUCAUGCUCUACGUUUUUUGGGCAAGUGACUUAUUAGGAAAAAUUAUUGUGUAUUGCGUGUUUGCAUUUCUGAAUGCAGCUCCAUAAAUUGAAACAAGAUUUAAGUCUACGGAAGUCAUAGAACUUUGGAGGAGUUUCGAAAACUGCGUCUGACAGAGCGUCAAGGUCAGGGCAAGCAGAAAUAAAGUUAUAAAGAAAUAAUCAAAUCAUGCCUCGUCCGGGAAAGAACUCGUACAGCGACCAGAAACCUCCGUACUCCUACAUUUCUCUGACGGCGAUGGCUAUCCAGAACUCCGUAGAGAAGAUGCUCCCCCUAAGUGACAUUUACAAGUUCAUCAUGGACCGCUUCCCGUACUACCGGGAGAACACGCAAAGAUGGCAGAACUCCCUGCGCCACAACUUGUCGUUUAACGACUGCUUCAUCAAGAUCCCACGUCGACCGGACCAACCGGGUAAAGGCAGCUUCUGGGCCCUUCAUCCGGACUGCGGGGACAUGUUCGAGAAUGGAAGUUUUCUCAGGAGGCGCAAGCGCUUCAAGCUUCUGCGCUCUGAGCACAUGACCUGCAAGAGCUCCCCAAUGAUGCACUACUUUCACCACCAGGGCAAGCUGGGCACCGGGCAUCACGAGCACCCGGUUGGCCCUGGGGCUGCUGUGGGGAGGCUCCCCCACUUCCAGAGUUACGGCAGCAUCAACUGCGGCCAGCCAGGUGGGUUUAAGCAUCCCUUCGCCAUUGAGAACAUCAUAGGCCGGGACUGCAAGGGGGUGAUGACUGGCGGACUGCCCAUCACCUCGGUCAUGCACCACUUGGGCUACCCGGUGCCCGCGCAGCUCAGCAGCGUGGUCAACUCCAUGUGGCCACACGUCGGUAUGCUGUCGGAUUCCAUGAGCGCCGUGCCCGUUUCCACCGAGUACGCGCCCUUUGGCGUGUCCAUGAAGGGUCUGUAUCAUCACGCCACCGGACAGACCAUGCCCGCCAUGCCCGUUCCCAUCAAACCCACACCGUCUAUGGCUCCAAUGCCCGGUCUGUCAGGCCUCUCGUCCGGCCCGGCGCAGCUCUGUUCUCCGCCGUCGAUGCUGGAGAAAGGCGGCUCGGACCAUCUGGAGGGCAAAGGCAACGCCAUCCACCAGUCUCUCCUACUAUCUUAG